AUUGGGCAAAGGAGUGAAUCAGUGAGAGCGUCGUGUUAAAAGUGACCUCCUCGAAGCAGCCAACAACAGCCAGCAUGAUCGCAGCGGCAAUGAAAUACGUUGCACUGGGGCUGGUGCUGCUUGCCGGCAGUGCCCGGGCGGAACCGGGCGAAGUGAUCCCGAACCAUCCGAACUGUCCGGACAUGCAGGGACCGCUGCCGCACUAUUUUAUUCAUCCGACGAACUGCAGCCGGUUCUACGAAUGCCACAUGAAGGACGCAUGGGAGUAUGAGUGUCCUGCCGGGCUGCACUUUAACGUCGCCAUCGAUGUGUGUGACUUUCCCGUCAAUGCGAAAUGUGAGCCCCAGUCGCCGGGAGAUCAGACCACGACGACAUUAAGGCCGACAACUACAACAACAAGAUUUCCAACAACAACUACAACGAGUGCUCCAACAACACCAUCAGAAUGGACUGAUCCAACAAUCACAACAACAACUACAACAGUAUGGACUGAUCCAACAACAACGCCUGCUCCAACAACCACAACAACAUGGAGCGACCUACCACCAUCACCAACAACAACAACGACAACAGUAUGGACAGAUCCAACGGGCACAACAACAACGCCUGCUCCAACAACCACAACAACAUGGAGCGACCUACCACCAUCACCAACAACAACAACGACAACGGAUUACACUACAGCGUACACUCCAACAACUAGCGAACCCCCCUCAACACCGCAUCCCACCGAUCCGCACUGUCCACCGCCCGGAGCGACGCUGCCGAACUACUGGGCGCACGGUACCGACUGUUCCCGGUACUACGGUUGCCUCCAAGGCUGCGUCAAGGAGUUCAAAUGUCCCGACGGGCUGUACUGGAACGAUCAGCAGAAGCGCUGCGAUAGCUACUCCAGCUCACAGUGCGGUUGUCCGGACAUCCCGCCAGCACCGAACAUGUGGCCAUCGAUGACGUCACAAACACCACCUGCCAAAGCUUGGCCAUAUCCCAAGCCAUGAGUGUUGUGUGCAGGCGAAGUGUCUAACGAGUAGUGUUUAAUUAUAGCUUAAUGAUGAAACAUACUGGUAAGUGGGGCAUUUUAUAGCAGAGGAAGUGACGCAAAUGACACGAUACGAUAAGAAAUAUAAGAAUACAAAUAAGCAUAACAUAGUAAUUAUUUUCUAUUGUUUUUUUUUUUUUUGGUGAAUAGAAUUUUGAUAAACUAUAAAACGAAAGAGUCCAUCCAGUACUCUGAACAAAACAUGGACCUCCAAAAACUGAACUUAUUAUUUUAAAUAGUUCCGAAUUCCACAAGUAAAACAAGGAUAACAGUUCUUUUGUUUAUCGAAAGAUGCCAAACCAUUACGUGCUUCAUAGAGGAGGAGUUGCUUUAGGCGUUACAUUCAAUUCUUCUUUUGUUACGUAAUUUAUGGAUAAGCCCUCAAAUAUAUUUUCAUGGCCAAA